AUGGGUCGCCGUCCUGCUCGUUGGUAUGUUCGUUUCCUUGUAGACUUAUUUUCCCCUCAGUUACCGUUAUUGUAAAAAUAAACCAUACCCCAAGUCACGUUUCUGUCGGGGUGUUCCGGAUCCAAAGAUCCGAAUCUAUGAUCUGGGCAAGAAGAAGGUUAGCGUGGAUGAAUUCCCGCUUUGCGUCCACAUGCUGUCGGACGAAUACGAGCAACUCUCAAGCGAGGCGCUCGAGGCUGCUCGUAUCUGCGCGAACAAAUAUCUUGUGAAAUACUGUGGCAAGGACGCUUUCCACCUACGCAUGCGCGUCCAUCCCUUCCACGUCAUCCGGAUCAACAAAAUGUUGUCCUGCGCCGGCGCCGACAGGUAAGGAUUAGUCAUACAGUGUUAGUUUCUGAAGGCUGCAGACCGGUAUGCGUGGGGCGUAUGGCAAACCUCAAGGAACCGUUGCCCGUGUAGAUAUCGGCCAGGUUAUCAUGUCCGUGCGCGGUAAGGAUGUUCACAAGAAUCAGUUCAUCGAAGCCCUCCGCCGAGCGAAAAUGAAGUUCCCUGGCCGUCAAAAGGUAACUAAUAAUCCAAGUUUCCCCAUGCUCAAUGGGUUGAGACCCGUUUUUAGUUUAAGUCCGUUCUUGCUGUGCGGCUCUUAUGUCCGCAUACAAGCGCUCAUGUCUGCCUGUUUUCGUGUUGCAUACCGUUGUUGUCUGUUUCAAUCAAUUCUAAACGAACGACCACAGUGCUGCGCGUGCAUCCUCUCUAUGUGCCCCCAUGUGCAUGCUUUUAGGCGUAGAUGCCGCUUCGCGGCCGCAUGUGAAGUGGCCUAACUGCACUGAACACAACUUAACUAGUGAAGCAGCACGGGGCGAUGCACGUUUUCCUUUUCCUCGAUGCCGUAGCCCCUCUUCUUUCAGAUCAGCACAAUGUGGUCAGUUUCUUGGGGCCUUUACAGGACCUUGAAAGCUCCACGUCGUUUUUAGCUGUUUCGCAAAGCUAUCACUAAAUGGGCACCCACAUGAAACCCACAGACUACAAUCCCCGAGGUCAAAGUUCAAGAAGUUUUUUAACCAGAUAAUCCGGUGAGAGUGACUGCUAACAUGCGGGUUCCUCUCAAUUUUCUUGUGAUUUGGCUUCCGUCAGGAAUUCAACUUGUUAGACGCAGACGCAGCCUCUUCUUGGCGGUCUUCACCACGGUUGAUGAGACAAUCCAAGACUCCUUGUUUCGCAGUUAGCCAACAAGAAGGUUUGGCCUGAAAACAACUUAUUCAACUUACAUAUGCUGCCUGACCAGAAUGUUAUCUUUUCACAGAAGUUUGGCAGCCCGAUUAUUUCGUCUGCAUUGUCCACACCCGCCAUCCGCCAACAUGUCUUGUUUCACGAUAAGAAUUUCUACAUACAACCACGUUAUUCGAAGACACCACAAGACAUGGAGUAUUGUAGGUUGGCUGGGAAGCCUUAUCACAGAUCCGCACAAGUAGGGUGUCGAGGUUUCAAUCUGUUUUCGCAUAGUUACCCCGUUUUCCUCCCACUGAGUGCUGUUUUGCUGCCACACCAGUUUUGAGGACCGUUUGUUUAUUUCGUUCAUCUUACUGAGUUUAUUUGACUGUCUCUUAGAUCGCCGUCUCCCGUAACUGGGGCUUCACCAAGUGGUCACGCGAAGAAUUCCAAGCAAUGCG